UGUGUGUGUGUGUGUGUGUGUAACGUCAUAGCCUUGCGGUUUCCCAUAACGUACAGGGAGCCAUACAUUUACGAACUUUUAUGUAUUAACGCAGCCUUGAGGUUCGCGUAGCACGGUAACUGAUAGUUCGAAGUCCACCUUAAACUAUAGGUCCUACAUGCCCUUCAACGGUACCAAAAAUCAUUCUUGCUUACUCUCCGAGUCGUACCUAAGCCAAUUAAAAUACUAGUGCUUGAUGCCGAAAAACAAAUGCCUUGGAGCACUAGAGCCCAUGUAAGCAAAUACCACAAUGAUACAUGUGUAACGUAUAACCUAAAGUAAUCGCUAAUGACUUCAUAGUUCAUACGAUUUUAGAUAAAUAACAAACGGUCAUGAUCGUGUACACACUUUUGUUUUCUUUCUACUCAUCUUUCGUUUCUAUUGGAAUGUAUGGCGGCCUAGUGACAACUUUUAUCACUCAUCGUGGAGCAGCGUAGUGGUCAAUAAGUGAACUAAUAUACAUAAAAUGAUGACAUUCUACAGAAAUUGGGUGAUUUGCUGGACUCACGGUCAUAUAAAUAGAUCUGAGCACUCCUUACUGAAAACAUUAAUGAAACUUUCUGUCUUUUGAAUUGAAUCGAAAAAGACUGAGAUGAGGACCAAGGAAAGGUCUCGUUCUGCGUAUGCACAACGCUGGUAACAUGUAUACUUUGAUAAUUUAUUCGUUUUCCCGGGUGUUUCAGUUUUCAUAAUAUAUUGCACACUUCCCCCAAUGGUGGCGUUUCUCUCCUAUUCUCUCCUAUAUUGCCUCCUUAUAGGUACACACAUAUAUAUAUACAUAUGUAUAUACAUACUAUGAAUGUUCAACAGAAACACUAUCCAUCUCUAUCUGUCUUGCAAGAACGUGGACUUUGUUAAUCUUUCACCUUAAUUUUUAAUGAUUAGACACGACUCAAUUUAUAGACGGUUUUCCCUAGCAAAUGUCAAGACUUGCUUAUAUGAUCGUAUUGUGGUUUUUAGACUCCAGGGAUAAUAACUAACAAUUUAGCUUGGAAUUCCCCAAGUUCCUGAACGGCUACACAACAGCACCAACCAAUCAGAAUUAAGACACUAGUGAAUUUUACUAGAUGUAUCCAACUUGAUUUUAUUUUCUAAUCUAUGUAGAAUUCAUACGAAGAUAGUAAAAUGUCAAGGAAGAAACAUAAUGUAUCGUAUAUUAAGCCGAAUGAGCCAAAAUUUUUACGUGAAUUAAAGGAACAAAUCGGAUACAAGGAAGGACCUACAAUCGACACAAAGAGAGAAGUAUUACCACAAGAUUCAGACAAUGAAGAAGAACAUGAAGAAGACAAGCCUGUUGUAGUUGUAUUAAAUUCUGAACACUUGAGUGCAGAACAAGCAGAGACAUAUAAGAAAAAGAAAGGAGAAGAGGAAGCUAAUACUCCAGCAGAUUUAUCUAAAAGAAUUAUAUUCAAGAAAAACAAAAUAACAGAGGCAGAAUCAGAUAAAGCAGAUAAACCAUUGAAAAAGAAGAUUAAAAAAUCAAAACAAGAGAAAGUUGUAUUAUCGUUUAGUGAUAAUGAUGAAGAAUAUUCGUAACAUUGCUUAUGUAUGUCAAAUGCAUUUAUAAUUAAAAUAUAUAAAAUAAAAAUGACUGUACAAGAUCUCAAA